UGGUAGCAGCAAACGUCACCGUGCCGACGGUGGUGGUGGUGACAGAUGGUGGGAGCAGCCUCCGUUUUAUUUCUGUCACGGCCUCGUUGGGGCUGGCCUCGCGAGUGAGUUCUUGUUGCGAGAGUUUCUCUCGUGUACACGAAGACCGUCGAACGACAACGACAACGACGACAACAGCAGCGACGGCGACGACGAAGAGUCGCGCGAUGGAAGACAGUUACACAGUUCAUAGACGUCGCAAGGCAGCUGCCAGGAAGCGUGAGAAAACUCCUGAUCCCUUAUCAAGGGGUGCUGCUUCGCAUAUAGAUGCUUCAGAUGAUGAGGAUGAAGAGAGGCGCGCCAGAAUGGAGAGAAUGGCUGAAGAAGCGGAGAAAAUGGAGCAGCAACAGAAAGAAAAUAGACUGUCACAACAUCAGAAGCAGGAAGUGUCUCUGAAAGAACUAGAGAAUAAGGGAGAGAACAAUCGGGAGCAGCGUCCAGCUAGAAGAAAGGAUAAAACUGAAGCAAGGAAUUCUGUGAAUGUGGAUGACAUGAUCGCUGUACGCGCCGAAGUGGCCGUCAAGUCAGCGGAUGGAAAUACUUUGAAGACACGUGACAUUGACUCUGUAGCAACUGGCGACAACAGCACGCGACCGGUAAAGCAGAUCACCGAAAUAGCGAAGAGAUUUGAUGAUGGUACCACAAAGAAAGACAUUAUCAGGUCUGAGAUUGUUCAAGUAGUUAAGGAUAGUGCUGUCCAAGAGACAUCGCAGACACCGAAAGAAACAACAAACAGCGAGACCAACAGACCUGCUGAAGUACGCAAGGUUGAAAGGCGACUUAAAAGGAAGUCGAAGGAACGCGUGGAGAGAUAUAGCCGGUCAGACUCCAGUGACGAAAAGGACGAAAAGAGUGAGCCGACUCAAAGACGGACAAAGUCACCGGAAACAGUCAAGUCCAGGUCGUCCAAAAAGACGAGCGGAAAGAGUCGAAUCAGUGAUCCGGAAGCGCAAAAGGACGCCGAAAGAAGAAGUCACCGAGAGAAGAAGUCACCGAGUCGGCAGAAGUUCGAAUAUGAGUCUCGAACGAGAGAUGAUCCCGUGCCACAUUUGAGACCUUGCAGUCAGAUCGAAGAUGCAGACGAGGAUCCGAAAAUGGUGAAGAAGAGCGAGGAUUUGCCGCAGAAAUCUGCCGAAGAGCGAAGAGUGAAGAGAUCCUCGAUCGAGAUAAAGAAACAAGUCAUCCCGCUGAGUAACGAAAGCUUGAUCGAGGAUUUCGCGAGGGCUCAGAGAGAGUACAUGUUAAGAGAACGCAAUAUCCUGGAUCCGGAAGACAUGUUUCAAGACGCUAUUGAAGUUAGUUCCUUGAGGAGACGAAAGUUCAGUCAGACGUACAGCGAGAGCGAGCAAGAGGACAUUGUUCAGAAUGUAACGCAAUCUUGCAAUGUAGCUGACAAGAAACAAUCAUGGUUCUCUUGGUUGUUCUUUUGGCAUUGGAAGAAGGAUGAAAUUGUUACAGAGAAGAAGACUGAAGACGAACCGAAGCCCGUUCCAAAAGUUGAAGAGAUCGAAGUGGAAAAGGAAGAAGCUUUGGAGAAGAUUACUCUAUUGGAUUUCUUCAGGGCUCUCAGAGAUAUCGUCAGCGAGUUCAAGACCUUCGUGGCGCAGAAUCCACGUGAGACUACGAUCAUCAGGCGGCUGCGUAAUCGCUGCAUAACCGGACUACUACUCGUAAUAAUCUACUGCGGUCUCGGCGGCUUCGUCUUCCGUUUCGUCGAGGGUGCCUUCGAAACAUUCUAUAAAUGUGGCGUGAAACGCGUAAAGCGUGAUUUCCUAGAUACUCUGUGGAAUUACAGUCACAAUUUGAGGGAGGACGAUUGGAAGAGCAUGGCGCGCAGGAAGCUGAUGGAGUUCGAGGAACAGCUUCACAUAGCUCAUGAAGCUGGCUUGCAUACGUAUAGCGGUCAAAAGAGCUGGAGUUUCUUGAAUGCCGUCGUGUAUUGUCUCACUGUCAUCACCACUAUCGGAUAUGGACAUAUUUCGCCAAGUACGGACACAGGAAGGGCCAUCACGAUUGUGUAUGCAAUUUUCGGUAUCCCAAUGUUUCUCAUCAUUUUGGCCGACUUUGGUAAAUUAUUCACACGCGGUAUAAAAUUUCUCUGGGCAUUUGUAAGAAGACUAUACUACACUGGUAGUUGUCGUAAAGUCCGUCGCACUGUGCCUGUCCAGGAAGUUAUGAAGGGCGUGCAACUCGUUUACGAUCUCGCCAAGUUACGGCGGCCCUCGCAGAUGAAUCCAGACGAGAUCGACGAGUUGCAAAGGCAGCAAGUCCAGCAGCCGCAGACAGUCCUGAAUGUGGACGCCAACACGCCAGGUACACCGGGUACACCCGCAUUAUCGGCGUAUGUUGUCGAUGACGAGUUUAAUCUACCAAUUUCGCUGGCAAUCGUCAUUCUCCUGGCUUAUAUCUUCAUAGGAGCCACUUUAUACUCCAGGUGGGAGUCCUGGGAUUUCUUCGAGAGCUUCUACUUCGUCUUCAUCUCCAUGAGCACUAUCGGCUUCGGCGAUUACGUGCCAAAGUAUCCCGUAUACAUGAUGGGUUCAAUAGUAUACUUGGUGUUUGGUCUGGCGCUAACAUCCAUGUGCAUCAACGUCGUGCAGGUGAUGCUAUCGGAUUCAUUCAAGCAAGCGAGCCAGAAACUCGGAGCCACGAUCGGUUUUGAAGUCGCCGAGGAUGACAACUCGGUGAAACCGGCACCACCGCCGCUGGUCGAAGUCGCGGACGUCCACAUGAACGUAAAGGAGUCUGGAAGCGACGAAAAGAUCGCGCCCAGAGCAAAGCAGGAGGAUGUUGACUUAUAG